CGCGGUCGCGGGGGGCGUGGGAGGCCCCAGUGUUCCCUAACCCCGGGCCGCUUUGGGGAGUAGCAACUCCGGGCCGGCCCGGCAGCCCCGGGAAGGAGCGCCCAUCCCGGAGCCUGCCGGUGGCGGGUUCCCCCAAAUGCCGCGCUCACGUUCUCUCCUGCGCGCCUAGAAUGGCUGGGAGGUCUCCGGUCGUGGGGUCUGGGGUCCCUGAGCCCGGCCCUGAGGCCCCUCCCCGGGGGGCGCUUAGACCGCGCGCUUUCUGAUCAGGAUUGUUAAAAUGAGUCUGCGGAAGCAAACCCCCAGUGACUUCUUAAAGCAAAUCAUUGGCCGACCAGUUGUGGUAAAAUUAAAUUCUGGAGUGGAUUAUCGAGGGGUCCUGGCUUGCCUGGAUGGCUACAUGAAUAUAGCUUUGGAGCAGACGGAAGAAUACGUAAAUGGACAACUGAAGAAUAAGUACGGGGACGCAUUUAUCCGCGGAAAUAAUGUGUUGUACAUAAGCACACAGAAGAGGAGGAUGUGAAGACACCAAGAGUACAAUACUUUUCAUUCUUGGACAUAUUUUUUUACAGCAUUUUUGGUUCUUUUUGGUAUAAUUUGUCCUGUUUCAUAAUAGUUGGUGAUUUUUCACUGACAUGUGAGUAAGAUGAAUGUACACAAUUGUGGAUUUAAUUGUAAAGAAUUCUUUUAUACUUAAGUUUCAGUCAUUUUCUUUUACCUCUGUGUCAGUAUGUGCAGAAUGUAAAAAGAAUAAAAAAAAGAAAAUCUUUCUCCCUAC